GCAGCAGGCACGUACAAAACUGAACGAGUCAUCGUAGGACCACAAGGAGUUUUGGUUAAUGUGAAAGGACAAUCGAAACCGGUUCUUAAUUUCUGCGCCAACAACUAUCUCGGACUCAGCAGCCAUCCCGAGGUGAUAAAAGCUGGACAAGAGGCAUUGGCUAGCCAUGGAGCAGAUGCCCGCCAACGUGUUAUUGUUACCGAUGGAGUGUUCUCAAUGGAUGGCGACGUCGCACCACUGAAAGAGAUCUGCGAUUUAGCGGACAAGAAUCAAAGCGUCGUCGACAUCAUCAACUCAACGUUAGGCAAAGCUCUUGGCGGCUCAAUGGGAGGAUACACCGCUGGUCCUAAGCCACUGAUAGAACUUCUCAGACAGAGAUCCAGACCGUACCUUGACCUUUUAAUGAACGACAGCUUCCUUUAUCGGAUCAUUGAAGGCCAACGUUCAGCGCUUCAGAAACUCGGCUUCAAGGUUCUUGGUAAUGACGUCACACAUCCGAUCUGCCCAGUUCUAUUAGGGGAUGCCAGAUUGGCUUCUGAGAUGGCUGACGCUCUGUUGAAGAAAGGAAUAUACGUCAUCGGUUUCAGUUACCCAGUAGUACCUACUGGAAAAGCUCGCAUCAGGGUUCAGAUCUCCGCAGCACAUACUACCGAACAUAUUGAUACUGCCGUCAGCGCCUUCGAAGAAGUCGGAAAGAAGCUCGGUGUUAUCUGA